AUGAAAAAUCUCUAUUCAACAAAACUUAUUUCACGUUCAACUGGUUUUAUUGUUCCACUUGGAAUUCUUUUAAUUUUAUUUGGUAUUAUAUCAAUUAUAUUAUCAUCUAUUGAUUUAUAUAAUAGUCGUUCAUCUUUAUCAUUUCCAAUAACAAUAUCAACAUCAACAUAUACAACAGAUAUAAUAAAUUCAACAGAUAUAACAAAUUCAACAUAUACAACAAAUACAAUAAUAAAAACAAUAUUAAUUCCAAAUAUUUUUUCUGAACAAUCCAUAUGGCCAACACUUGGUAAAGGAAUAUGGUGUGGCCUUUUUCUUUUUGUUGUUGGAAUUGUUUCAUUAAUUGUUUAUCGUGAAAAAACUUUAAUAUCAAUAAGAAUAUUAUCAUUACUUGCAUUUAUUUCUUUAUUUAUUAGUUUUUUUCUAUUUUUAUCAUCAAUUAUUGUAUUUCAACGUUAUAUUAUUGAAGGUCGUCUUAAUGCUAAUCAACGAACAUCAAAUGAACAAAAAGAAAUUGUACUUAAUGCUCUUCUUCUUGUUUGUGGUGUUUUAUCUUUCAUUGUUUCAUUAAUAUUAGCUAUUGGUACACUUAUUGCAGGAAAUUUUUGUCAACGACAAUCAGAUGAUAUUGAAGAUAUUGAUAAUUUUAAUCAACAACAACAACAACCUCCUGCCUAUUCUGCACCACCUUAUUACGGUUAA